CUGGUUACAAAUAUGUCUCUUCGUUUUGUACUGAUUUGCUUUGCCCUCCUGGCAAUGGUAUGUGCACAGCCUACUCCAGGAGCUCCAGAAGUCACUGAGAAUUCCGAGCCAGUGGAGGAGACCACAGCGGAACCAGUUCUAAGUGCCUUACAACGGACUCUUUUCCUGCUGCUGCCCUUGCUGUUCCCCAAUACAUUCUAUAUACCAACCACCACGGGUUAA